GUGCGUGCGCGCAGGCGAGCUAGCGGCAGUAACAAGCUUGUCGUCAUAGACGCUGCACGCACGGGUCCGCUAGCGCGUCCUGCCACCACCGCAGCAGCAGCAGCAGCAGCAGCCUCGUAUAUACUACGCGCGCGCACGACACAAGCAGCUACCGUGCUUACCGUGAAAGAUGCUUUCCCUCAACAACAACAACAACGAUUAAGACUCGCGUGCGGAGAAUUUCUCUCCCCGCGUGCGCGCGUGCGCGUGUGUGUGUGCAGUGCGCGGAAAAAAAGACACACGCGGCCGUUCGUGUCGCCCGAAGGAUAUAACUUCUUCUCGAUAUACUUCUACCGUGUUCUCAGCGGCAGUGUUUUAUGCGUGCGCGUGCCUCGCACGCUCAUUGACGAUAAGUGGCACGCGAGACGAACGGACGGCCGAGUCAAGAUGAGCAUCGGAUUUUCGAACGCGCGCAGAACGACGAGGAUGACGACGCUGACGGUGGCGACGACGGUGAUGUUGCUGCUGUCGCUGCACGCCGACCGCGGCUCGGCGGCCGAGAUCGUCACGUCCGUCUACGAGGAACAACCGAUCGGAACGUACGUGACGAGCGUGCGCGGCGUUCUGAACGUGUCCAAUCGCAUGAACAACGUCAAGUUUAGCAUCCUGUCGACGCCGAACCGCGUCGAGCUGUUCAAGAUCGACGAGACGGGGAACAUCACGACGGCCGACAUCAUCGACCGCGAGCGGCUGUGCGGCGACGCGCCGACGUGCGUGCACAGCUUCGACGUCGCGCUCAUGCCGAUGCAAUACUUUGAGAUCGUGCGCGUCAAGGUGGACAUCGUCGACGUCAACGAUCACGCGCCGCACUUCGCGCGCGACGAGAUACACAUGACGAUACCGGAGAACGCGCCCGUCGGCCAGACGUUCGUGUUGGAGAGCGCCGCCGACGCCGACGUCGGCGAUAACGGAGUGCAGUCGUACGAGAUCGAGUCGGAUAGCAAGCAGUUCGGCUUGAAGAUCAGCGAGGAGGAGGUUUUCGGCCUGCAGAUGGCGCUCGAUAUUCAGGCGCCGCUGGAUAAAGAGACGGGGACGACGCAUCAGGUAACCGUCAUCGCCAGAGACCACGGCCGACCUCCCAAGUCCGGUCGGCUCGUCAUUCACAUCAAGCUGGUCGACUCGAACGACAACGGGCCGAAAUUCGAGCAGGCCAACUACGAGAUCAUCGUCGUCGAGAACAUCGCUCCGGGAACGACGAUCUUACGCGUCACAGCCGACGACUCCGACGACGGCGACAACGGUCGGCUCACCUACUCGCUGUCGGCGCGCAAUAACGCGCAGGUUGCCGACACGUUCGCGAUCGAGGCGGCGACGGACGAGCUGUACGUGACGGGAGUGAUCGACUACGAACGGUCGGCGACGUACUAUGUCUACGUGCAGGCGACCGACCUGGGCGAGAUGCCGCUAGCUGGGGUCAGUCUCGUGACGAUCCACGUCAUUGACAUCAACGACAACCGGCCCGUCAUCAACGUCAAUCUGCUGUCGGCUGAGGACGAACACGCGCGGGUUUCCGAGCGCGCCGUCGGGUCAUUCGUCGCCAAGGUGUCAAUCAUCGACGCCGACAGCGGAGAGAACGGGCGAGCGACGGGCGAGAUCCUGCCGCCAGGUAACGCUUACUUCGUCAUGAAGCCACUGUUUAUCAACGAGUACAUGCUCGUUACGUCGCGACUUCUCGAUCGCGAACAGAUCUCCGAUUUUAACCUGACGAUCAGAGUCGAGGAUAAGGGCGCGCAGGCGCUUGGCGCCACCGCCGUACUCCGGGUAGAAGUACUCGACGAGAACGACAACCGGCCGCACUUCAACCAGUCGCUGUACGUCGCCGAGAUUCGCGAGAACAACCUCAUCGGCGGGUUCCUGCAGAAGCUGGCCGCUACCGACCGCGACGCGGGCGACAACGCUCGCAUCGUCUACUCCGUACAGCCGCCGUACGACAACGUGUUCCACGUGAAUCCGAACACGGGCGUGAUGACGGCGCGAAAGCAGUUCGACCGUGAAGAGACGCCGUCGAUCGACGUCACCGUCAUGGCGUCCGACCGCGGCGAGCCGCCGCUCAGCGCGUCGACGAUCGUCAGGGUCGUCUUCAAGGAUGAAAACGACAACUCGCCGCUGUUCGAUAAGCACUCGUAUCGGUUUGUUAUCAACGAGAACCAGCCUGUGUCGAGUUUGAUCGGAAACGUGCUGGCGACGGACCGCGACGCCGGCGACAACGCCGACGUCGUCUACUCGCUCGGCAGCCUUGUUUCGGAGUUCAGCGUCGAUCGGAAGCUGGACCGCGAGAAGGUGCACACGUUCCGCUUCGUUGUCGUGGCGACGAACGCCGACGCCGAAGAUCGCUACGACGAGGCGAACGUGACGGUGGUCGUCGACGACACGAACGACAACAUGCCGACGAUCACGUUCCCGUCCGGCAGCGACAACGUCGUCUUCCUACCAGAGUCGGCGACGGCCGGCGCCUUCGUCUGCACCGUCGUCGCAUUCGACGAGGACCGCGGCGCCAACGGUAAACUCGACUACGACAUCAUGGACGGAAACGGCGCCGGUCUGUUCGGGAUCGACCGGAAGUCCGGCGACCUGACGAUCGCGUCGAUGCUGAAGCCGGAGUGGGUCGGCCUUCACANCUCAUUCUCAAGGUCAGCGACCGAGGUCAUCCGCAGAACGUCGCCAUGGCGGCGCUCAACGUCAUCAUCCAUCCGAACAACAUGACGGCCAACGAGACGCUG